AUGGCAAAUAUCAGAUCUUUAAGUGAAGAAUUGCAAAAGACCGCUGAAGAAUUGGGUGAGGUGCCGGCACGUCUGCCUCAAGAUUUGGCAGCGCUAAAAGAAUGGAUUCAACAGCAGCCGCACUUAAAGGCGAAUAUGGAUGAUCAAUUUCUGGUGGCCUUUUUGCGAGGAUGUAAAUACAGUUUGGAAAGGGCCAAGGGUAAAAUUGAUAAGUUCUACACCCUAAGAACCAAAUACCCGGAAAUAUUUUGCACCUACGAUGUGGAUGAACCCAAAUUUAGGGAAAUCUAUCGCAUGGGAGUCUUUCUUUAUUUGCCCCAACCGCUGUAUGAUGAUGGUCCACGUCUGGCCAUUAUGCGUAAUGACAAAUUUCCCAUUGAUAAAUACCCCGCGGAAGAUGUUAUGCGAGUUGCCUGUGCCUUACAAGAAAUUCUACUGCUGGAGGAUGAUAGAGCCAUUCUCAAAGGCAUUAUUGUCAUCAAUGAUGUGGACAAAGCAAGCUCGGCCCAUUAUUUGUACAUGAGUCCCUCGAUGGUUAAGAAAUUAACAGUGUUCAGUGAGGAGGCGGUGCCUUUAAGGCCCAAGGCCACACAUAUUAUCAAUGCUCCCAGUGGCUUUGAGAAAAUGUUCAACAUGUUUAAACCUUUGCUUUCGGAAAAACAACAGAAGUGUAAGUGAUUUGUUAGGAUGUUUGUCCAUAGCAGUAAAACAGAUUUUUUGAAAGAAAUUCCUUUGAAAUAUCUACCCAAGGAAUAUGGUGGUGAAAAUGGCUCCGAAGAAGAAAUUCUUAAAGAAUGGGAGAAAAAGUUGCAUGAGUAUAGGGAACAUUUCAAGAGGAAUGCUCAUUAUGGUACUGAUGAAAAACUACGCCCCGGCAAAGCUAUUGAUUUUAAUAGCAUGUUUGGCAUUGAUGGCUCUUUUCGGAAAUUGGAUGUGGACUAG